GCUCUGCGUCCCGCCCCCUCCCCAUGCCCUGUCCCCUUUCCGGCCCGCACAGACCCUCUUCAGCGGCUGUGCUGCCCUUCACUUCCGCCGGGCGUUGUUGAGCUCGCUGCCCGCAAGUUGCGGGCCCUUGAGGUGGUGAUGCUUUACCGGUUGCUGUCUAUUGUCCAAAGACAAAGAACUAGCCCAGGAUGGCAGACCUGGUCAUCGGCAAGAAGCAGCACGUCCGCUGCCGAGGCGCAGUCUAUUGCUCUGCCUGCCCAGGCCCAGGUGGUCAUCUGUGGGGGUGGAAUCAUGGGUACGUCUGUGGCCUAUCACCUCUCCAAAAUGGGAUGGCAAGAUAUUGUCCUUUUGGAGCAGGGCAGGCUGGCUGCUGGCUCAACAAGGUUCUGUGCUGGCAUCCUAAGCACUGCUAGGCAUUCAAGCAUUGAACAGAAGAUGGCUGACUAUUCAAACAAACUCUACCAUCAGUUAGAACAAGAAACAGGGAUUCAAACAGGUUACUUAAGGACAGGCUCAAUCUCUCUGGCCCAAACUCAGGACCGGUUGAUCUCUCUGAAGCGUAUCAACUCAAGGCUGAAUGUUGUAGGUAUACCUUCUGAGAUCAUCUCCCCGAAGAAAGUGGCCGAACUUCAUCCUCUCCUCAAUGUGCAUGAUCUGGUGGGAGCCAUGCACGUUCCUGAGGACGCAGUAGUGUCCUCUGCUGAUGUGGCUCUUGCCCUGGCAAGUGCUGCCUCCCAGAAUGGUGUUCAGAUUUAUGACCGGACAAGUGUUCUUCAUGUACUGACCAAAAAAGGUCGAGUUACUGGUGUGGACACAGAUAAAGGGCAGAUCGAAUGCCAGUAUUUUGUCAACUGUGCUGGUCAGUGGGCGUAUGAGCUGGGUUUGUCCAGCGAGGAGCCGGUUAGUAUCCCGCUGCACGCCUGUGAGCACUUCUACCUUCUGACUCGUCCCUGCGACGCCCCUCUGCAGAGCAGCACACCAACCGUUGUGGAUGCGGACGGAAGAAUUUACAUUAGGAACUGGCAGGGUGGCGUCUUGUCUGGAGGCUUUGAGAAGAACCCAAAACCUAUUUUCACUGAAGGCAAGAACCAGUUGGAAAUUCAGAACCUUCGGGAAGAUUGGGAUCACUUUGAGCCCCUGUUGAGUUCCCUCCUGCGCAGGAUGCCAGGAUUGGAGUCUGUGGAGAUUUUGAAGUUGGUGAAUUGCCCUGAGACCUUCACGGCAGACAUGAAGUGCAUCAUGGGCGAGUCCCCUGUCGUCCAGGGCUACUUUGUCCUGGCAGGGAUGAACUCUGCUGGCCUGUCGCUGGGCGGAGGAGCUGGAAAGCUCCUAGCUGAAUGGAUGGUGUAUGGUUACCCCUCUGAAAACGUCUGGGAAUUGGACUUGCAGCGCUUUGGAGCCCUCCAGGGCAGCCGCACCUUUCUGCGCCACCGGGUCAUGGAAGUUAUGCCUCUGAUAUACGAUCUGAAGGUUCCUCGUUGGGAUUUCCAGACUGGAAGGCAGUUGCGCACAUCUCCUCUUUAUGACCGGCUGGAUGCUCAAGGAGCCAGAUGGAUGGAGAAACAUGGAUUUGAGAGGCCAAAGUACUUUGUUCCACCCAACAAGGACCUUCUUGCAUUAGAACAGAGCAAGACUUUCUACAAGCCAGACUGGUUUGAUAUUGUGGAGUCUGAAGUCAAAUGCUGUAAGGAAGCUGUGUGUGUCAUUGACAUGUCUUCUUUCACAAAAUUUGAAAUAACUUCCACUGGGGACCAGGCAUUAGAAAGUCUGCAGUACCUUUUCUCCAAUGACCUAGAUGUGCCUGUAGGCCACAUUGUUCACACUGGCAUGCUCAAUGAAUAUGGAGGGCACGAAAAUGACUGCAGCAUUGCUCGCCUGACCAAACGCAGUUUCUUCAUGAUCUCUCCAACUGAUCAGCAGGUCCACUGUUGGGCCUGGCUUCACAAGUACUUGCCGAAAGACAGCAACUUGCUGCUGGAAGACGUCACCUGGAAGUACACAGCCCUCAAUCUGAUUGGCCCUCGAGCUGUGGACGUGCUGUCUGAGUUGUCCUAUGCCCCUAUGACUCCAGACCACUUUCCAACUCUCUUUUGCAAGGAGAUGAGUGUGGGCUAUGCAAAUGGGAUCCGGGUGAUGAGUAUGACUCACACAGGAGAACCAGGAUUCAUGCUGUAUAUCCCCAUAGAGUAUGCUCUGCAUGUCUACAAUGAGGUGAUGAGUGUUGGACAGAAAUAUGGAAUCCGGAAUGCUGGGUAUUACGCUCUCAGAAGUCUCCGAAUUGAGAAGUUUUUUGCUUUCUGGGGUCAGGACUUAAACACCCUCACCACGCCCCUGGAAUGUGGAGGAGAGUCUCGCGUGAAGUUAGAGAAGGGCAUAGACUUCAUCGGUCGGGAUGCCCUGCUGCAGCAAAAGCAGACCGGGGUAUAUAAACGCCUCGUUAUGUUUAUUCUGGAUGACCAUGACACAGACCUGGACUUGUGGCCUUGGUGGGGAGAACCCAUUUACCGGAACGGAAAGUACGCUGGCAAGACCACCAGCAGUGCCUACAGCUACACUCUUGAGCGCCAUGUAUGCCUGGGCUAUGUACACAACUUUUCUGAGGACAGCGGGGAAGAGCAGGUGGUGACAGCAGAUUUCAUCAACCGAGGAGAAUAUGAGAUUGACAUUGCAGGACAUCGGUUUCAGGCCAAGGCCAAGCUCUACCCCGUCACCUCUUUUUUCACUCACAAGCGUAGAAAGGAUGACGUGGAGCUGAGUGACUUUCAUGGGAAGUAAUGCAAGACUUUUUCCCUUCCUCCCAUCCUCUCACCAUGAGGAGCAUCGUUCUGGGAGCUGACCUUUCCUCUGUCCCUGUCUCCUCACUGAAGAAGGUACUUUGUCCUCUCCUAGUUUUUCUGUUUGACCUAAACCCUUUUCCUUGAAAGCCUGUCUUCCCAUUUUCGCUCAUUUGCUGUUACCCCUCCUAAUAGUCCAGGCUCUUCUCGUCCCUCCAGCAGGCUCACAUUCCUACAGUGGCAGGCAGAACCCACUUGUGGAGUUGUAUUAAGGUGACAGACGGAUAUGUAAAUUCAUUGUAAGGCAAGUUGGUAUUAUUUAAGUCUUAGGGUAAAAAUCCAUUUCCCUUCGGCUUAGUCUUACAGAGUAACCUGUAAAUAUGGUAGAUUAUUUUGUGUCUGAUGCAGCCCUGGGAAUAACUUCUCUUAACCGUGCAGACGGUUUUUGUUCCACUGUGCUGUAGGUUGCCACCUGUACCUCUGAACCAUCUACCUCACCAAUGAGAGGGGUUGUGUGGACACUGCCUGCUCUGUGGAAGGGCGCAGUAGUUAACCUGGCAUCCUGUGUUCCCCCAACUUUGUCCUUAGAGGUUUGUACCAGGGCAGCCUGCCUGCAGCUUUCUUUAUUUCCUGCUAUCUUGUAUUAUGAUGUUUUUAGCUGAAUACACAGGUAUGCCAGUAUUUGAAAGAAGAAACAAGCCAUGCUGCCUUUUGUGUGGCUUUCCCAGCAGGAGCAGUGUGAACUCCGAUGCUGCUUUUCUUUCAGCUGAUCAUAGGUCAGCGAGCUAUCCCUUAUUGAUUUCCUCAGAUGACUUCUAGCCUCAUCUGUGCCUUGUAUAGCCUGCCUACAACCUCAACAUCUGUUCUUAGCCUUUUAGAAGAGGAAGAGGGGAUUGGUGGGUUGUCUUGGGUGAUUAAGUAAACCAUGCUGUUCAUACUGCGUUCCAGAGAGCUACCAGAGUCCCAAGCUUUACAUCCCUAGCAUGAGCAAAGCCACAGACGACUACUGAGGACUGUAAGUACAGUGCAGCCGGAGACUGCUUUCUUUUGUUUCCAGGCUCCCCACCCUUACCCCCGGAGCCCUGUCCUCAGCCUUCUUGAUAGAAUCUCUGAACUGGAAAGUGAGUGGGGAAGCCACCAAGUGCACCAUACAUUUCAGUGCUGCCGCCCUUUUCUUUUUGUGAGAUGGUUUCACACUGGAGCUCAGGCUAGUGAUCCUCUUGCUUUAGUCUCUCGAGCACUGAGAUUUCAGAAAUGGUGACAGUGUUUUCUGAAGCUGAAACUUGGAUGUCAUGGGCUGUUCUAUAUAACAACACUGAAUGUUGAUCUCAUAUACAAACUGCUGCCGUCUUUGAGAACCUUUAAUGCUCUCAGCACUCGGGGCGCAGAGGCCAGCGGAUCUUUGUAAAUUCAAGGCCAGUCUGGUCUACAGAGUGCGUUCCAGGAGAGCCAGAAAUACAGAGUAACCCUGUCUGGAAAAAUCAGAAAGGAGAGAGAGGGAGAGAGGAGAGAGGUGAGGAGAGAAGAGAGAGCAGGCCAGAGUGCAAGCGCUAGCCUUUAAUUCAACUGUGGUUCUCAGAAACCUGGAAGCAUUGGUUCGCUAAAUGACAUUAAUAGAAAUCCUUUCAUUUUUUUAGAGCAGCUGAAAAUUCUCAAGUGUCUGUCUUUGACAUUUCUGUAGACUUGCUCUUUUUAUACAUUUCUUGCUAUUUUCUUCAACUAGGCCACUCCUACUUGAGAUUUAAUUGAUUUAUUAAAAGGACACACAAUUAGAAUAUGAUGUGAGGAGAAUUAGUAUUUUGGAAAAAAUAUGUAUUUAAGAGAUGAGAGGAACUGUUUGUAGGCAAAAGAAAGGAGGAAUACUGCACCAGAGAGCUGAGCCGGCAGAACAGGCUCUCAGCUGGCCCGGGAAGGAGGAGAAGAUAUGCACAACUCCAGGCACUGGGUGCUCUCAAAUAUGGUUGUUGGUUGUAACAGUCUCUGUGAAUGAAAGUUUAUUUGGGAUUGAAUACAAAAUAGUUUUUUUAAACCUAUGCAAUUAAUAGUAAAAAAUGUAGCAAGCAGCAGGUUUGAUCUUUAACUAUGGAAGUGGUACCAUUUAAGUUCCAGAAAAACUUCCAAAACAGUUAUAGUGUAAAACUGGGUACACCACCGUCAUGUUGUUACUACCAUUCAGGAACAAAUAGCAUCGAGUGUUUUCAGCAUAGUUUUUGAUUCUUUUUUUUUUUUUUUUUUUUUUUUUUUUGGUUCUUUUUUUCGGAGCUGGGGACCGAACCCAGGGCCUUGCGCUUCCUAGGUAAGCGCUCUACCACUGAGCUAAAUCCCCAGCCCCUAUAGUUUUUGAUUCUUUUCUGCACUUGUUAACGUCUAGCUAACGAUUAAAUUGGAGGGAAACAGCAGCUUUCUGGUAAGUCUUCAGCUAGAAGUUCUGUUGUUGAUAUCAACAGAGCUUGUAGGCUGCUUGUCUUGCUGCAGUUUUUUCUAUGCUUGAUGUCUUAAGUACCUUAGAUAGUCGAGGGAGCUGUCUACCUGGAUUAUCUGACCCACCAGUGUUGGUAGAGCGCACUGGGCUUCUCAGGAACAGAUGCACGUUGCUAGCAGAAAUGGCAGGUCUAGAGCAGUGAUCCUAAACUUGUGGGUUGCAACCCCUUUCGUGUCAAAUGACCUGACCCUUUCACAGGUCUCCUAAACCACUGGGAAGCACAGAUAUUUACAUUGUGAUUCAUAAUAGCAGCAACAUUGCAGUUCUGAAGUAGCAAUGGAGAUGUUAUGGUUGGGGUCACUAUAAAUGUGAGGAGCUAGCCGUAUUGAAGGGCCACUGCAUUAGAAAAGUGAGAGGCGCGACUGGAAACCUAGGACUAAGGAGGGACAGUCACUAUACAGCCUUAGUUGUGCGACACUCGAUUCAUGGACACUGAGGUUACUUCAGCUUGCCUUGCAUGACAACACACACUGGGAAGCUGGUUAGCCUUAAGGAACUGUAGACUCUUCCAUUUUAGGUGACGAUUCUCUGGAAUGAUCUUUUACCACAUCUACUUCCCAGAGGUGAGGGGUUCCCUGUUCUCUCCUUUGAUUAGAUUAAAUCUCUUUGAAUGAGGUAACAAAGUAAAUAGAGUUGGAAGUUUUAUGUGAAGCUUUAUGAGAAUCCCUCACUGUAGUUUUGGUUCUUCUGUGGAUUCCCACGGAUCUUAUUAUUCCUGGACUCAGCAUCAUUUAGCACAAUUCUAACCCUGGCUUCCUCUGGUCUCCAAGAGCCCAUUUGUGUGGCAGUGGACUAGAGCCACUUCAGCUUGGCACUGAGACGUACGUUAGCUCUGGCCUGUCUCUACACCAAAGGAGACAAGGCUGCUGUGCCCAAGUAAAGGGUAGGUUUCAGCAUUAACUGCUCUGUUUUUGGAUGUGGGUGCAGUACCAGUGUGGGUUCCGAUGGCAGGAACUGAGAAAUGUAUGCUUGGUUCACUGAAGACUCACAGCUUUCAUUUUCACAUUUACUGCCCUCUACCUUAUGAACACAUUUGCUAGCAGGGGAAAAGUUCUUCACCGUCUUUGGAGAGAAUUGUAUGCCUUACAGGAUUGGCACUAGCCCCGGAGACUGACCUGGAUAGCAGUUCCAUCAUCCUGUUUGCAGGGGCGAACCACACAUUUCACCUGUGUGUGCUGCUUAACUUCUUGGCCAAGAAACAGAUUUAUAAUAUGUAGGACAAUGAAGAAAAACCUCUCAUUUGUUCAUUUUCUGCAUCCCAACACCUCACAAAAUGUUGGUAGGCAGCGUAGUAUCACAAGUACGCUUUCCCGAUGCCGCUCAUCUUGUUCUCACAUCUGUAGGCACAGCCGGGGGAGGAGCAGGUGAGUAGGUAGAGUGGUGGCUGAGCUCGGCUACAGCUGAGCUGUGGUGGUUGGCAGCACCUCCCUUCUUCUGCUGCUUUCCUUUGACCUCCAAGGUGCUGAUCUGUGAGCCCCCAUUUUCAUGUCAGUAUGGGGCUUUCUUAUGCAGUCCCUCAGCAGUCCCAGCGCCAGGUACUGUCACGAGGACUGAGGAUUCCCACCUCUGCCAUCUCAGUCUGUCACCCAUCAGCAUUCCCUGCAUACGACUCUUGGCCUCUAAGUGGUUCUCCAUAUCUGAAUAAGUAUACACACUUUCUUCAUAUUUUGAUUCACCUGUUUUUUAAUCUUUGCAAACAUCUACCUCCUUGUCUUUUUGUCUGUGAAUAACAGAAUAUAAGAGGAGGGGGGAGUUAUUUUAUUAUGUUUCAAAAGAUCUAUGCCACAAUUUCUUUUGCACACCAAGAACUGAAGCUUGGAGCACUUCUCAGGCCAGUUCUAGUGCCUUACACUCCAGGAUGUCCAGCGUCGGACUGAGGUAGGAAGAAAGCAGGAUGUUCAGUCUGUAGGUUCUCAUCCCCCACAUCAGCCCUCCUUGCUCUGAAUAACCUAGGGGUGGGGUAGGAAGUUCUGCAGCUCAUUUCUCUGAAAACUUUUCUAGCUCACACUUAACUCUCUGGUCAGUGCUUAAGACAUAAGGCACCAGAGCAAUACCAUAAAGUUCUUAAGUUUGCAUUUACGUGUGGUUCUGCUCAGCUCCCUUCUGUUCUGUGUAGUAUCAGCAUGUGGUCCUGAGACAUUCUAGAUAUUGGAGUAAAUACAAACUUCAGAGCAAACUCAGCAGACUUUGGACACAUGGGAUAAUUGUGCAUUUUAUGACCAGAAUUAUUUCUAGAUGGCUGGAUUUCAAUUCAGAGUUCUUUUCAUGUAUUAGGUGUACAAAUGAAUAAAAAGAUGUUUUUAUAGCAA